GAAGACUUGACACCGGAAGUGUAACGUUUGUCGUCAGAAAACAGGAACGCAUGUGUUUUCGGAUCCGCUGAUAAAAAUAUCUCAACGCGUCUUUCCUUCUUAAAAGAGUUUGUUUAGCUGCUGUCAACCCUCACAGAAAACGAAGUCUGCUUCGAAGACACACACUUGCUCUUUUUCUUUCUUUCAAGCUGGCGGAGGCAGCUGAAGCUCACCGUUUAUAAUGUCACAGGCCACCAAACGCAAACACGUUGUCAAGGAGGUUCUUGGAGACUUUGUCACUCUCACAGAAAACCAGCAGGUUGUGAAGGUGAUCGGUAGCCGUGGUAACAACCUCCAUGAAGCUGUCACAGCCAAAGGUGAGACGUUCCUGGUGAGCAUGCCCACCAAGUAUCGCAAGAACCUCUGGAUCAAGAGAGGCCAGAGGGGUUCAUGGAGGAGCCGUUGGAGCAGGACAAGACAAACAAACAGCAGGAAAAGGAAGAGGAGACGGAGGAGAAAGACGAGGGAGUUAGCGACUCUGAUGAUGAUGAUGAUGAGAGUGACCUCUUUGUAAACACCAACCGCUGUAACUACCAGUACAGCGAGAGUGAGGAGGAGGACAGCGAGGAAGAACACGAUCACAAAGAGGGAAGGACAGAAAAUGGCUCCUAGUGGCAGCACUGUGGACACGGACAGUUAAGAGUAAGAGCUGUGGAAAUCAUGAGACGGCGUCCUCUGCUGCGCUGCCGUCAUCACGGACUCCCUCUGUAGUUCUUGUAUGACAGCCUGCUGUAGACGUUAAAUGGCUGGGCUCAUUGAAUGGACUUCAACUUAAGGGAGCAAAAUAAGUCUUUGCUUGUUGAUCCAGAAAAUUCAGUAAUGUAGAAAUUGAGCUGAAAUUGAAUAAUAGUUUUCAUUAUUUUCAAUGUCAGUUUGAAAUUCUGUAAAUUUCUACUUUUAGUUUCAGUGUUUUACUGAAAUGACAAACUAAAGCAUGUUUGUAUGCUCUACCUCCAGUGCAGCCGUUAUUAUAAUGCCACUACAUAACGGGGUAUGCUGUCUACCCAGGCCACACUGUACAUCUGCAGGGUAAUGCUAAUCUAAACUGUUAUAUUCAUUCACGCUCAUAGGACUAAAUAAAUCUAUUAGAAAGAAUCACAAAAACUCAAACAAUGUAUUGUUGUCACCAUUGCCAAAAUAAAGUUCUCAUGUUUAAUUUCAGUUACUUGUUAAGGAUGGCUGUCAAGAUAGAUUAGAGGGUGUGGUAACAAUUUAAGCACCGAUCCUGUAUAAACACUGUUUGGGUGUAAACACUGUUCCAGUUUCACCGGUCCUCUGAAGUAUAUUGUAACUAGCUGGCCUGCCUCUAGAUACUCAAAUGAAUGCUGCCGACAGCCUCUGAGAUUUACUUUGUCUCAGGCACCAAAAGAUUUUAUCAAAAUGCUUUAGUUUCAAUUGACCUUGAAACCUUUUGUACUUAAUUGUCAUGAUAUCUUUGUGCCUCAUCUUUUACUCUUUGACAUUCCUCACCCAGUUGAUUAUUUUGGUUUGUGUAAUGAACACUUUGGAAAUCAAUAAAUUCUUAAACUGUG